GAAGAUUCUCAUGUCGUUCCUUCCUCAACCUUCCGAUAUGGCUCCCGCUGCGGUUUUGGGUUGAUGAGCGAGAAGAGAAAGUGACAUAAAAUUCGACUUUUCUCUCCCGUAUAUACACGAUUGACCCACUCAAUCUGAGUCUUAUUGCCCAAAUCCUCAAUCUCCUCUGAUACAUACUUUUUUGUGCCAAUUCCGUUGAAUGUUCGACUUUUUCCCUAUACUUAACAAAAUUCGUCCAUUUCUCAUCCUAUCAAGAAUAUCCUCAAGAAAACUGCAGCCCAUUCUCGCUCUGUCGAUUUGGAACCUGGAACCCAAUUUACCUAGGUAAACGGACGAAAUGUACCGAGGCUUGAGACUUUCCAGGGUUCAAAAUCUGAGCCACAGCCAUACCCGUGGAACAAGGCUAUGCUCCUUCCCCGUGAAUCGAUACCAAUCGACUGCUUCGGGAGCUGCUACAAAACCAGAGGGUGAAGACGUGGGAGAUUUCGAAGCGAUUACGAAUCAUUCCUUGAACGCGAAGAUACCUAGAUCCUAUAAAUCAACUCUUGAUUCUACAUCUACGAAUACUGCGCCUUUACACAAGACAUAUUCUUCGGACAAAACUGCCAACAUGGCUAAAUUCGAUCAUCCUAUACUUCCCGAUACCUCACAUUCGAUAGAAUUGAGAAGAAAGAAUAAAACAUUAGGUCUCGUCCCUCCUAAUGUAGAAAGUCACAAGCUUCAGACGACAAGAUGUCUUCAACAAUUAAACGCGAAGAAGACACCUAUUGAAAAGUACAUGUAUCUCAGUAACUUGAGAAAUAACAAUGUGCAUUUGUUUUAUCGAUUGGUGCAAGAGCAUUUGACGGAUAUCACGCCUUUGAUAUAUACACCAACGGUAGGAGAAGCAUGUUUGAGAUGGUCAGAGAUUUAUCAACAACCUGAAGGGUUAUAUCUCUCCUACCAUGAUCGAGGAAAUCUGGAAGAAGUCCUCGGUAAUUGGCGUCAAUCUGAUGUUGAGAUGACGGUUGUCACUGACGGUUCUCGCAUUCUUGGUUUGGGUGAUUUGGGUGUUAAUGGUAUGGGUAUUCCAGUUGGUAAAUUGUCAUUAUAUACUGGGUGUGCCGGUAUUCAUCCUUCCAAGACCUUACCAAUUACCCUGGAUCUUGGUACCAACAAUGAAAAGUUUCUUAAAGAUCCAUUAUAUAUGGGAAAUCGUAUGAAGAGGGUUUCCACUAAAGAGGAAGCUGAGUUUAUGGAGGAGUUAAUGGUGGCUUUGAAUAAGAUGUGGCCUGGGAUCAUCGUUCAAUAUGAGGAUUUCAAAAAUCCUUUCCCGUCUCUCGCAAAAUACCAAAACAAGUAUCCUUGUUUCAAUGAUGAUAUCCAGGGAACUGGCGCGGUUAUCUUGGCAGGUAUCAUCAAUGCUUUACGUCGAACAGGUGUUCCUGUCAAAGACCAGAGAGCUGUUUUUAUGGGUGCGGGUAGUGCUGGUGUAGGUGUUGCUCAACAAAUUGUGGAAUUCUUCCGAAAAGAGGGAUUGACGGAAGAUGAAGCACGCCGUUGCUUCUGGUUUGUUGACACUAAGGGUCUAAUCACAAACGAUAGAGGUGAUAAGUUGGCUGAACACAAAGUCUACUUUUCCCGUGAUGACAAUGAUGGAAAACAAUACAAAACUCUCCCAGAAGUAGUUGAAUAUGUUAAGCCUACAAUCCUGAUGGGAUUAUCCACGAUCCGAGGAAUUUUCGAUGAGUCAAUUGUCAAGAGAAUGGCCCAAUUGAAUAAGAGUCCGAUCAUCUUUCCACUAUCUAAUCCUUCUAGUCAAGCUGAAUGCACAUUCGAGGAAGCUAUGAAAUGGACCGAUUGCAGAGCCUUGUUUGCUAGUGGAAGUCCUUUCCCAGAUUAUGUUCAAGAUGGCAAAACAUACUCUGCUGGACAAGGAAACAAUAUGUAUGUAUUCCCUGGUAUUGGACUUGGAUCAAUCCUUUGUAAAGCCUCAUGCAUCAAUCAAGAAAUGAUCUACGCUUCAGCUGAAGCUCUCAGCACCUCCCUUACCCCUUCCGAAAUUUCCGCUGGUCGUCUCUAUCCCGAACUCAACCGUAUUCGCGAAGUAAGCGUCAUUGUCGCUCGCCAAGUAAUCCGCGCAGCUCAACAAUUCAACUUCGAUCGCGAACCUGCUAUCCGUGGUAUGAAUGAUGAGCAACUCGAUGCGUGGAUUAUAGGAAGAAUGUAUGAUCCAACAUUAGCCAUCCAAACCUCGGGCUUGAAAUCGACUGUAGGACAGAAGAAUUCGACGCCUAGAUCAUUGCUUUAGUUUACUCCAUGAUAGAGAGGAUAUUAAAGAGAUCAAUGAGGGCUCUGUCGUAACUAAUUUUGUAGCGGCGGUUAUGGGCCAGGCGGCUUGGUCUUGGUGGGGUUGGUGCAGAUGGAUUCCUAGGUGGGGGAUGCUGGAACAGGGAAUCUUUAGGGGUGUGGAGAGGGGUGAGGGAAGAGAUGUGGAAAGGGUUGAUAGGAGGGAGAUGAGGGUGUCGAUGCGGAGGCGGUUAUAGAUAGAUUGAUUGAUUGAUUGCAUAUUGGCAGGGCGUAGCUAAGCGAUGGUUUUGCUUUUCUUUCGUUUUCUUUGGCUAUAAUGGAUCACUGGAUCUCCCGUUUUAGAAGGGUGAUGGUAUAUCAAUAAUGGAUGAAUAGCCUUGAUGGUAGGAAAGGGAAGAGUAAGAAACUCUACUUAAUGGGUUGAUGAGAAGAUAAAAUCAGUAGAUUGAGAGAAAAGGUUUACCUCAAGUGUCAUAGGACAAAAAUGAAAUUGAUUCACUUUGAUUCUUAAUUCUGCGAACA